GUUCAAUGGUUCAAUGAUCAAUUAUUAGUGCUUUUGUUUAAAACAAACAAACAAAUUAAAACAAAAAAUCCAACUUUUUUUUCUGAAAUUAUGUCGAUAACAACGCCACAAUGUUCAUUAGGAGGACGACGACUGACAGAAUCAUCACAAACCAAAUUAUACACACCAAUCAUAAUCAACAAUGAAUGGUCAGAUCCAAUGAUUCAGUCUGGAGAUGUGUGUGAAUGUACAACACCAUUGACCACCGCAAAACAUGAGAUAUCCCCGUCAUCCUCGUCAUCCUCUUCAUCGUCGACAAGAACAAAUCCAUGUUCUUUAGAAACUCAAUUAUUGUAUAAUGAAGAAGAGAAACUUUUAAAUCAAGGUUUAAUCACUGAUCAUCAUAGUAAUAAUAAUAAUAAUAAUAAUAAUAAUAAUAAUGACGACCUAUUCAUGAAUGAUUUAUAUUUAUACAAUGAAAGAGAUUAUUUAUUGACAAAUCCAUAUUUUUACAAUUCAUGUACGGAUUUCAAUUGUGAACUGACUGGUGGCGCUGUAACAACAACAUUCAAUCAUUCCCCAUUGAUGAGUCGUGGUUAUACAGGUAGACAUGGUAGAAAAAUUGAUAACGAUCCAACGAUAUUAUUAACUUUAUUAAAAUGGGCACGUAUUGGUUCUAGUCAAUUGCAUGGAGAUGAUGAUCAGAUUGAUAGAAUGAAUUAUCAAUUUACCACGGUUCUGUUAUUGAUUUUAUUGACAUUAACUGGAUUUAGACAAUAUUUAUCUCAUCUUCCUUUACAAUGUUGGAUACCACAAGAAUUUUCACGUAGUUGGGAAGAAUAUGCUGAACAUUAUUGUUGGGUAACAAAUACAUAUUUCACUAAUAUUCAAUCAUCUAUCCCACCAAUCGAUCAACGCACUACAAUUGUACGUUAUUAUCAAUGGGCUACAUUUGUAUUUAUAUUACAAGCCGCGGGAUUUUUUCUGCCUUGUCUUAUUUGGCGAUUACUUCAGAAUCAUUCAGGAUUUCAUGUUCAACGAAUCAUGCGUAGUGCAGUUCGUUUAAAUUGUACCGAAACUGAUUCAUCCCAAUUAAUUACCUAUGGAUUAGCACGUUAUAUUGAUAAUGUAAUUUAUCACAGAUCAUAUAAACAAUGGUCUGUUCACAAUUCAUCAAAAUUGAAAUCAAAUUUUACACAAAAAACAUCACAACAGAAUCCAAUGACGAGAUCAGUUCAAAAAUCCACAUCACAUAUAUCCUGUUCUACAACAAUCACAUCCAGUUCACGGCGGGAAAUCGGUGCAGAGACGAAACUUGUGAAAUUUGAAAAUGAAUCUUUGCCAAUGACAGAAUCAUCACAGCAUCAAUCGAAAACGCUACCAGUUCAAUCUACAACCAUACGAAGUUGUAAAAAGCAACGUGCACCACAACCUCCCAUCACAACUACUACCAUUACUAUUACUACUACUACUACUACCACAGCUACGACCACUACUACUCCUACUACUACUGUAGCUACUACUACUACUACUACCACUACGGCUACAACUACUACUACAGCAAGUGUGAUCACUUCUAAGCAAUCGGUAAAAUUAAAUUCUGAUCAAAUAACUUACUCAACUACUCCUUUAUUAAAACAUUCUUCAUCUAGUACAAAAUCGAAAUUCAGUUGUUUACGGAAACAAACGAAUCAUGAAAAAUUUGCUUCCCCACUAUGUAAUCCAUGUGGAUUGUGUUUGGCAAAUUUACCGCUGGUUGAUAAAAAAUCCAAAUCUCAACUGACUCAACCAUUGGUAACGAAUUCGACCGUUGGCGAAAUACCGACGACAGAGAUUGAGACUACAACUACCACAACAACAGCUACAACAACCGCUGUCACCGUCGCUGAUAUUCUAUCCAAUCCAAUGAACAAUUCAACAUUACAAAUUUCUCAAUCAAUAACUAAUCGAGAACAUCAAAAACCCACUUGUUGUUGGUCAUGUUAUAAUAAUUGCCAAUAUAAGCAUCAUCAUCAUCAAAAAUCUUCAACAAUAUCAAAUAAACCACAAUCAAUCCGUUAUGACAAGUAUGCUCAAUUUAAAAUAUUGAAUAUUGAAAAUGUAUUCAGUCAAUCGUUACGCGCUAUAUGGUUAUGUUUACGUUGUUUAUUCACUUUCAUAUGUUUAUUACCAAUAUGCUCAUAUCAUUGGUUAUUAAUAUUAUUAUGUAAUAGUAGUAGUAGUAGUAGUAGUAGUAAUCAAAAAAUUAAAUGUUUCAAACGUAGUCAUAGUUUUCUAUUUUAUUUAUAUGUUACAAUGAAAUUAAUUUAUUUAAUAAAUAUUAUUGGACAAUUAUAUUUAAUGAAAAUAUUUCUUGGUGUUCAAUCGUAUUUUUUCGGUUUGAAUAUAUUGAAAGAUUUAAUUUCUAAUAAAGUAUGGAGUGAAACUGGACAUUUUCCACGUGUUACUUAUUGUGAUUUUGAAGCAAAGAAAUUAGGCAAAAAUUAUAAGUACACUUUACAAUGUGUUCUACCAUUGAAUUUAUUCUUAGAAAAAGUGUAUGUUUUCUUAUGGUUUUGGUUCAUAUUGAUUGGUGUAUUAACGUUUUAUAGUUUAGUGAAAUGGUUAACACGUCUCACAAUUCCACAUAAUCGUAUCGCGUUUAUCAGUAAAUUUCUAUAUUCCCAUGAUGAUGAUGAUGAUGAUCACGUGGAUAAUGAAAGCUUAAAUCAAACUGAUUUACAUUACUUCAUUAUUCAUUAUUUAAAUAUAGACGGUGUCUUUCUUCUAUGGUUAAUGUCAAUUAAUGCGGGUGAUUUAAUUAUUCAUGAUUUGAUUCAUGCUUUAUGGAAUUUAUUCAAAACACGCUUAUCCACAUGGAACACAUUGUCAACCAAUAAAAAAUAUCCUCUAAGUCAUCAUCAUCAUCAACACCAUCAUCAUCAACAAAAUCUUCAAACAUUUGGUGAAAAUUCCAAUUUCUCCUAUCCAUCACAGGUAACCACAAUGAAUGAAUGGAAUGCCUUGGUGAAACCAUCAAUUCAUUGUCAAUCCAUGACACAACAGAAACAUUUAAAAGCAUCAUCUUUAUCAUCGUCAUCGUCAUCAUCAUCAUCAUCAGCAUCAUCCAUUCAUCAUACACCAUUUCAUUUGGAACAUUUUAAACAAUUCACAUUCAAUGAUCACGGUAGGAGAGAUUCAAACAUUGAUCCUUUAACUUAUUCAAAAACAUGUUAUAGUACAGUGUCAAAAUUGGAAGAUGGAUUCAAUGUUAACAAUCACAAUAAUAAUAAUAAUAGUACUAAGAAUCACAAUACCAUGAAUAUUUCCCACACAACAGAUUUAUUUGAAAGUUCAGAUAGUAUUGUUUGAAUGUGAUUCAUUUCAUUGAAUAUUGAUUUUUUGUAUGUGAA